UUGGGAGUCCCACUGGUCAGAGUGUGGGAACCCCAGCCCUGCCUCAGCCACAUGACUUUGUUAUGCUAAUCUCCCAGUAUAAAAUGAGGAGCGGCUCCUCCAGAGACAUCACUGCUCACUUCACCUCUGCAGAGACAUGGCUCCUUACUCAACAAACUACUCCUCUGUUCACCACAUCAGGAUCUCUGAGAAGGAUAACAUUAAAAUGAGGAAACCCAUUGUGGAGAAAAUGCGCAGGGAUCGCAUCAACAGCUGCAUCGAGCAGCUGAAAGUCAUUCUGGAGAAGGAGUUUCACAAGCAAGAGCCCAACUCCAAGCUAGAGAAGGCUGACAUCUUGGAGAUGACUGUGAGCUUCCUGAGGCAGCAGCUGCAGACAGGCCUCUGUCAGAGUGACUACAACCAGGCCUACUCUCAGUGCUGGAGGGACCCUGUGCACUUCCUUUCAGCUGGCUCAGAGGCUUCUCUCGCCCCUCUGCAGGGACUCCAGCAGCAGCAAGACCAGAAACUCCUUCAAGCCCAGACAGCCAGCAGCUCCUCCCCAGUCUGCUUCACACUCAGGCCCACCACAGUGCAGGACAGCGGGAGCAGAGGCCCCGUGUGGAGGCCUUGGUAGAGGCAGAGACUGAGACAUGAGGGGUGCUGAACUCUCCCUCACUAUGUAGGAAAUAUAUUUUUCCAGCCUGCUCAUUCCUGAUGGGUUUCCUUAGCGUCUCAUCACAUUGAUGGACAAGUAAAAGCACCGGCUGUCACGUAGCUGAAGAUCCCGCUGUGACUCUUAAUACGUACUUUCCCUUUGCGUUUAAAGCUGGAGGUUGAUUUUGAUUUUGAGUAUUGAUAGUUUUGUUGUUUACUCCAGUGGAGUUUUAUCUUUGGACUACUCGAUGUUACUGUAUAUGUGUCUGCCAUACUGUGUUUAUGGACAGCUGCUGUGGAGAAUAUUUCUCAUCUGUUUUGAUGUAUCUAUGCCAAACUCGAUGUGUCAGUAUGAUUACAAAGCGUGUGUUUUGCGUGUAGAUGGGUUUAUAUUUUUAACAUGUUGUACUGAGAUGUUUAUAUUGCUGUUCUGCUAUUGUGUAAAGGUUCUUAAAACUCAUUCCUAACAUUUGUACGACAAUUAAAAAUAAAAAGAAACAAUCAUUAAAAA